AUGCGGACCGCUACUCGAGUCGCCUUCGUGGCGGUUUUCCUCGCGUCGCUUGCGACUGCGCUUGCGCAUGGUGACGAUGAGUCGAUGGAUAUGAAUAUGGACAUGGAAAUGAACAUGCAUUCCAGCGCCAGUACAGCGACGGCCUCUCCGACUCCGUCGGCAUCGGGACAUGCGAAUGAUCCCAUGAGCUACUUUGCCUACGGAAAACACUCUAGCUCCAUCAUAGCUCAUAUUGCUCUGAUGGUUCUGGGUUGGUGCUUUGUUCUUCCUGCAGCUGUCAUGCUCAGCAUUGCCCGUUCACGAUUUGCCCUUCCGUCGCAAUUCUUGUUCUUGGUUUUCAAUGCCUUCGGAGUCCUUCUCGGCAUCGUCUACAACAGCCAGACUCCCGAUCUUUAUGAGAAUAACGCGCAUCACAAAAUUGGCUGGAUUGGUACUUGGGUGUUCAGUGCCCAGGUCGUCCUAGCUCUCAUCUUUGCCUACGCCGGACGUGGUGAAUCCAAGUCCUCCUCGGACUCAUACGAGCGUGCGACUUUCCUGCCCAUCCCGUCGCAUCGGGAGCAUUCAUACCCAUCUGGCCCGCUGCAUGAAUACCGCUGGUCUGGAGAUAGUGGCCAGGGGACGGAGCCCGGCUCGUCCAUUCACAGCCCGGGAUCUCCGUGCGACUCGCCUGAAGAUUAUGACGGAUUUGAGAAACCUGAGGAACCCUUGCCCGAGGAAUUGCCCGCACGGGGCUGGUUCCAACGCAGCUUCGUGGGUCGGUUCUUGUCGAGUCGUCUGCCGGGAAUGGUUUCCAACCGAGUGCUCCGGGUCUGCAAUACGGUAUAUAACGUGGUCGAUCGGAUCAUUCUUCCGUUCGGAUUCAUGGCCAUUGCGACGGGUGCGGUGGCAUACGGUGGCAUCAUGAGAAAUAAGGAAAUCUUCAAUGGCUUGGCCCAUUUCAUUAAGGGUGGAAUCUUCUUCUGGUAUGGAAUUCUCACCCUCGGGCGUUUUGUGGGUUGCUGGGCCGACCUGGGCUGGGCAUGGAAUAAGAAACCCUUAACGCCCAUUGUUAGCAGAUGGAAGUCCAAGGUUCCAUCCGCAGAGUUUGUGGAGUCUCUUGUUAUCUUUGUUUAUGGUGUGUCCAAUGUUUUCCUGGAGCAUCUUUCCAAUUGGGGUGGCGCCUGGGGCGCGGCGGAUCUGGAACAUGUCUCGAUCUCGAUUAUGUUCUUGGGAGGUGGCCUGCUGGGCAUGCUCUUCGAGUCCAAGCGCAUUCGCGAAGCGCUCAACAUGACCAUUCUUCGGUCCCCGUCUCACGGUACUCGUGAUGAGGGUUGGCAGCUUCCGAGAUCUCAGGGCGUGUCUCUUAACCCAAUGCCUGCACUUAUUAUUCUGCUGCUAGGUAUGAUGAUGGGAUCGCACCACCAGACUAGCAUGACUUCGACUAUGGUGCAUAAGCAAUGGGGCAACAUGCUUGUUGGCUUCGCCUUGGCCCGCGGCAUGACCUAUGUGCUUCUGUUCCUGCGUCCGCCCACUUCCUAUCUCCCCGCUCGCCCUCCGACCGAGAUCGUUGCCUCAUUCUGCUUGAUGGCGGGAGGUCUUAUUUUCAUGCUCAGCACUCGGAACGUGAUCGAAUCCAUGGAAUACUACAAUAUGGACGCCAUGUUUACCUUCACAGUGGGCAUGGGAUUCACGGCUUUUAUAAUGGCCCUCGAGGUUCUGUUCAUUACGCUUAAGGCAUGGGCUAUCAAGCGGGAGCAGCCCUCGCAGGUCACUUACCAGUUCCCAUGA